CCUCGUGUCCUGUGCCGAGGGAGAGCCACUGUAGUCGAACGAAAACCGCCGCUGCCUCCUAGGCUGCUGCUCGGGCAGCGGACGCGCAACGAGCGUCGCGUGUCAAUGUUUACGUGUAAGGACGCCAGUAGUUAUUCGCUUUUCUAGGACGCCGACGCGUGUGUGUGUUGAUUAGUGACAAGUGAGGACGACGAGCCGUCACGGCAAACCAAGGCAGCUCUGACAACGGCAACCUCAUCUGUUCCUGAUUUCAGAAGAGGUGUUGCUAAUGUGACUGCUUGGUGAAUUCGAGAUUCGACGCUCACUGCAAGUUGUUGAAUGUAACUCGCAGUGCAGUGAAACGUGAAGAAGAUGUCGGCGGGAGUGGCCGGCCAGCAGCAGCAGCAGCAGCAGCAGCAGCAGCAGCAGCCGUGCGAUGCCGGGCUGGAGGUGCGCGAGGCGGGCCGGGCGCUCAAGGUGCACGCCGAGCUGCCGCACCUGGUCAGCCUGGGCGGCGGCCGGCUCAGCACCGCCGUCACUCUGCACCCGCUGCCGCCAGGUCGCGUGAGCCUUGGAUCAGACCCAUCGAUGGACAUUGUGAUGCAGGGAACUGGUGUUGAGCCCAUACACUGUCACAUUGAGAACAAUGCCGGCAUUGUCACACUGUUCCCUGUGGCAGCCAUGACAGCUGUUGAUGGCCUGCAGGCUUUUACGCCCACCAGACUAACGCAAGGUUCAAUGAUUUGCAUUGGUAGAUCAAACUACCUGCGCUUCAACCAUCCUGCUGAAGCACGCCUGAUGAAGAGCAUCUUGCCAAACACAAGAAUUUCCAUGGUGCCACUCAGUUUUCUGUCAGGGACUGAUACUGAUGACAGUAAUCAACACAGUCAACAGAUGCAGUUUGACAAGAAACCUCCUGUAGCUCCUCGGAGAUCACCUCGCGACAGCUGGGGUGAUGUAAGCAACAGCAGCAGCUGCACAAGUGAAGACUGCUGUGUUUUAGGAAAAGUUUCCAAGUUUGAAUAUCUAGCACGUGCUAAUGGUGCAUCUAAACCUCCACCUUCACCAGCAUCAGGUCUGCAGCAGAGCCAGCACAUUUCUCCAAAAGUUUUCCCACCGAACAGUGUUACAGUUAACUCACCAGCCUCCGCAGUGCUUGGACCAAAUGUUAAAUCUCGCAGUGCUACACCAACAAAUCCUAACUACAGUAACCCCAGUGCCUUCAACAGUACUCACAGUGGCAAUUCAUCAGCAUUUAGUAACAUACAAGCAAACAAUGUAAUAGCUGGACAUAGUGGAACUCCCACAGCAAUGAUAAAUGGAGGCUCAAGAUCACAAAGUGCAACCCCUACGCCAUCGUGGUCACCUCGAUCGGGUGCUGGCCCCCAUGCAGGCAGCCCAUCAGCCUACGAAAAUGUAAACCCUCAAGCAGAAUCUCACAGAAGCAUUGCAACACCAAGUCCAGCCUUCAAUAGAAAUCCACUACCAUGGUACAAAGGUGGAUAUCAUAGUCCCCGCAGUGUAACACCAUCACCACCUCGUGCGUCUACAACUAGUCCUUUGUCAUCCGGCCAUCGACGUACCUCUUCAGCUGGUGGCAAUAGCUACGAAAUGAUGAGGCAUCGUGUGAACAGCCCCACCCCCAGUUUUGGAUCCAGUUGUAGCAUUGAGGAUCUCCAUGCUCGCAAAGAAGAACUGGAGAUAAAACGGAAGCAGGCACAAGAAGAGCGGCUGAGAGAACAAGAAGUAGAAAAAGCUGAGCGUGCUCGUCUGGAAGAAAUACUGAACAUGUGUGCUGAAUAUGAACGUCAAGCACAGUCUGAGCGGCAAGCAAAGCUCCCUACAACACCAACACUACAGCAAAACCGAAUAAAAACAAAUGGUUCUUUGCCAAGAGACAAGAGACUGACAUCUCCCGGAAAUCCACCAAAUGGAACAAUGCCCGAUGAUUAUGGACCAGAUGUAUUUACAUUUGAUGUCACAAACAAUAUCAUAACUGGAUUCUCGUCUGUGAACAGCCCUUCAUCACCGUAUAAUAAUUCAAAUCCUAAUUAUGUUGCCAAUGAUCCACAAAUGUGUACAUCAACCAGCACACCUGCUACAAGCUGUAUGCCUAAUAAGAGGACUACUCCAGCUAAUGGAAAUACCUUUAGCCCAUAUGAAAAUGUGGUUAUUCCUUCACCUGGGUCUGUUGUAUAUCCCCAGAGCCCUCGAACCAGGAUAAAAACCAUUGCUACAACUAAAGAUCACAAUAUAAGCCGAGAAAUGGAAGAUACAGCAGAAAAUCGGUUAGCAUUGUCCAAUGACUAUGAUUUUGUAAGUUCACUAUCUCAAAUACAGAAUUACCAAAAUGGCACUGCGCCUCAAACUGCAAACCAAGUAGAAGCAAAUAGUAAUAUAACUUCUAGCAAUAUUGGGGAAGGCCAGAAACCAUUUGAGAGGGACAAAUUUAUUCUUCCUCUUGAAAAUGGUUGCUCUGAUUCAUCACCAGCUGAUUCUGUAGAUAUGCCUGUACAUAAAGAACAGCCCAGCUUUUCAAAUCAAAAUGGAGAAGCUAGGGUCAAUGUAAGUGAGAUGGAGAAAAAUAUGAGUUUAGAUAAUAAGACUGACAUACCAAGAACUGACAGAAGUUCAAGCCAUGCAUUUACACAGUUCAAUCAGAGAAACAAUGAAGCUGACAGGACAGAAAUAGAAUCUCAAAUUCAGCAGCAAAGAAGAACAACAAAAGAUGAAGGGGAUGCACUUCGGAAGGAAAGAAGCAAGCUUCUAGCAAGCAUGUCUGGUAUAAAACGAAAAAUAACAGAAAUUGAACAGCAAGAAGAGGAACUUCUGAGGGAGCUGGAACUUGAGAGAGCCCUUCUUGAUGGAGAGCAGCAGUCACAAACUGAGAAGCUGUUACAGGAGGAAGACCGACUGGUAGCAGUGGAAUCACGGAUGGUGGAGCUAGAUCAUAUUAUGGAGAGAACUCAAGAAGAAGAAUUAAAGAGGCAAGCUGAGUGCCAGAGAAGGCUUGAUGAAAUAGACAGAGAAGUUCGAAGGUUAAAUGAUGAAGCUACUGUGUGCACAGACAUUGAGCGCCAUAAGGAAUUAUCAGAGAAAUUGAAACAACAACAUGAUCUCCUCGAUUCUGAGAGGAAGAUGUUUGAAGAUAUGGAGUUCCAUCACUUAGAGGAAGAAGCAAGCUGUCUGGCAAGAAGAGAAGAGUUGCAGCGUGAACUGACGGAAGUGUAUACACGUAUAGAGGCAAGGCGUUGCCGCAUGAGGGAGCUUGAUCAGCAGCGGCUAGAGGCAGAUCGAGCAGCACAAGAUGAGGGAGACCAGCUGGAACAGCAACUUCUUCAGCACCUAAGACUGCGUGAUGAAGGCCGGAGUAGAUUGCGUGCUAUUGAACUUCGCUUGGAGGAGUUGGCAAGGCAGGGUAUUGUGAGCAGUCCUGAAUCUAGUCCAGAUGCUUCAUCAGAUGUGGAAGAGUCUGAUGGUGCAGGUCAGCCUAAUGGCAUGCAAUCUCAAGAAGAUUUGGAUCGUAUCAGUCGUGUGACUUCUCGAGCACCAAUGGACCUAGCAACAGGUUCUCUGGGUAGACGUACAAUUGCUUCUCUUCAAGAGAUUGAGAGGAACCGCCAUUUACAUUUAGCUCAGCAAGGUAGUAUGGUAAUUGAAGAGGAACGCAAGAGAGUUCAAGAACUGAAACGAAGAGUGCAAGAUGAAGUCAGAGCACAGUGGGAAGAGCGCCGACAGAGAGAAAUGAAUUGUAACAGUCUCAAUAGUGUUGGCAGUGAUGAAACAAGUCUCACAUCAAGUGAUGUUCCCACUGAAAGUGCAUCCAGUGAUGAUGCUCUAGAGAAACGGACUGCUGUUACUGCAACAGAGGUAUCAGGUAGUGGUACCAAUGUAGAACCUGCAGAAGCAAAACAGGCUGACUCUACACAUGAAACUCAAAAUGACCGGAAAGAGGUUAGGGAGAAGGAAUUAGGCCUGGAACGCGAUCUUGAAGAAUCACGGCCUUUGUCUGAUGGCUCAUCAUAUGAACAUCAGUUGGCUGUCCGUAUGCGGGACAAAGCAACGAAGUUGCAGCAGCAGAGACCAUUAACACGCUACCUGCCAAUUCGUAGUGAGUCUUUAAAUUUACGGGCACACAUUGAAUCUGCAGGCCAUCAGAUAGAAUUAUGCCCACAUGUUAUUCUUGAUGCCACAUCUUGCCGUGGUCCUCUACAUAAGAUGGGGUCCAAAUUCCAUCACUGGAACAAGCGGUGGUUUGUUUUUGAUAGAGUUAAGAGGACUCUUAUGUACUAUGGUGACAGAUCAGAAAAGAAGCCUCGAGGGGGAACUUACUUUCAGUCAAUAGAAGAGGUUUAUGUUGACCACAUGAACUCUGUUAAAUCUCCAAGUCCACAUCUAACAUUUGUUGUCAAGACUCAUGAAAGAACAUAUUAUCUGAUGGCUCCCAGUCCAGAGGCAAUGCGUAUAUGGGUGGAUGUCAUAUUUACAGGUGCUGAAGGUUAUCAGGAAUUUGAACAUGGGUCAUAGAUAAACCAUGCAACCAUUUUCUUUCUUACUAUCUGUGGUUCAGAGCUUGCCAGUUAUGGAGCUUAGCCUCUGUCCUGAAAGAUGCCCUCCUCCCAUUUUUUUUUGCCCAUGAGAGCUGUGGUGUUUUGAGACUGAGGGAGAAGGGAUUGUAUUUUUAAUAAGACUUGAAAUAUUAUUCUUUUAUAGAGAAGAUUAAUAUUUGCCUACCCCUGCUGUAGCUUUUGAGAAAUCAAACUUUGCCAAACUAUUUUAACUGAUUAUACAAAAGUCAUGUCAAUAGAUUGUCGCACAAGUCAGGCACUUUGAAAAAGAGCUUUGAUAGAUCUGAUAUAUUUCAUAUAAAAUAUGUAGUAAGUGUGCUUAAGUCUGUUACUUGCUAAUUGUGGCAUAGAUGAAUUUUGGAGAAUUGUUCCAUUUGUAAUUAUUAUGUAAGAACUGAAAAUGUAUGUAAUAUUGUGAAAUAUACUUUCAUCAGAAAGAUUGUCAUACACAAGUGUAUAUGCAAACAUGUAAUUUCUUAUAUAACAUAGAAGUAUGUACAAUGUACCACCUAAUAUCAUUUUUUCUAAUGAGUAAAACUUUUCCCACUUGUGUGAUGUGCUCACAUUGUUAAAUAUAGUGAUGAUGGCUCACUUUGCAUCUGGAUAAGGAGAAUGGAUGUAACAAAAAUGCUAGCAGCUUAAUUUUUGAAUCAGUGUGUGUAGUGGGGAAUCAGUGGUAAAGAAAUGCAGAUGGUGUCACGAUUUUCACUGGGCAGCAGAUUUUUGUUUCUCACAGCUGCCAGUGUGUGGAUAGUACUUUAUAAAAUUUGGCUUGAAAUAGCUGAAAUUAUUUUUGUAAAAAUGAAAUGCCUUUAUCUUCUACACUGACAAUUAUCUUUCCUUUAUAACAUGUGACCGUUGUGAAACAAAUGUUUUGCAUACAUUUCAGAUUAUUUUUAAUUUGUUGAACAUCUAAUGCUACUUUGUCAUGUACUGUCAAGAUACUGUUGCUUAUUACAUUGGGGUACUGUAUAAAAGCAGCUACAACUGCUGCUUUUCAAUUUUGAGUAUGUUUUUGUAGCAAGUAAAUAAAUACAUAAUCAAUUA